AUGAAAGGUGGUCACAAGCUGCGUGCUCUCAUUUGUGGCUUUCUUUGUGUGUUAGCGAUUAGUACUUAUCAUCUUUUGGAAGAAUUCCAACGCAUCUUGAUCGAAAUGCCCAGUCUUAUUAAUAUAUACACAAACCGGACUGCGAUAGUGAAUCAUGACGUGCUGACCCUUGAAAACAAAUCAAAGGUGGUGGUUUUGGUCUACACCAAGUUUGGUAAAAAUGAAAAGUGGAUACAGAGACCAGGUUCGUGUUAUAACAAGAACAACGCCAACUCUAAAGAAUGCCCCUUGCUACAAAAAUUUGAGAUCACUUACAACAAAACGAGGUUUACGGAGAGCAACUUUGUAAUGUUCGAAGCCAGAGACAUGCCGAGUUUACCCCACCUCAAAAUGUUGUUAAAAGGAAGACCCAUCUCACAACGUUGGGUGUUUGCGUUAUGGGAAAGUCCUAAUCAUUUUAAUUACACGAAGCCAUUUCACGGUUUAUUUAACCUAACAUGGACUUAUAGAAGGGAUUCAGAUAUUUGGGGACCAUAUGGUAGCUACAUACAACUCAACACCGAAGAUCCGAUCUACAAAAACAAAAAGAGACCACUCAAAGAUUUUACGCAAGGAAAAUCAAUGCUUGUGGCUUGGAUGGUUUCCAACUGCAGGGCUAAGUUAAGGCUCAAAUUUGUCCGCGAGCUAAAAAAGUUCAUCCAAGUUGAUGUGUUCGGAGGAUGUUCUGAUAGAAUCUUUGGUGAGUGGCGAUUAUGUCCAAAAACAAAACAAAGCAACUCCUAUUGCCUGAAGAAGUAUAAGUUCUACCUUUCUUUUGAGAAUGCCUUAUGCGAGGAUUACAUCACCGAAAAGUACUGGGAUAAUCUUGGUGAGGCGAAUGUGAUUCCUGUUGUAAUGGGUGGUGCUGACUAUACCAAGCUAGCCAUACCUGGUUCAUAUAUCAAUGUUUUGGACUUCAAAUCUGUGAAGCAACUGGCAGAAUAUCUUCAUUAUCUGAACGGAAACGAUACGGCUUAUAAUGAAUAUUUUAUAUGGAGGCACAAAUACCAAGUACUUCCCCGCAGUGCAAGGUCAUUAUGCAACAUCUGUGAGUGGUUUGUUUCGAAACAUUCGCACGAAAUGAAAGUUUAUAAUGAUCUUACAGAAUACUGGGUGGAAAAAGGGAGAUGUGGAGCAAAAAAUUAUCUUAUUUUGAGAAUGAUAAACACGUCAAGUUAAACUCACUAGCGAUUCCAUCUAGUCUGGAUACAUUAGUAUAUUGUGACUGUAAUUAAAGUUGGACAACAGAGAUAGCGUUAUUUGGCAUAAUUUAUUCAAAUUAUUUCGCUGUUUCUGAUUGGCUCUGAUCCCAAGGCUAAUUCUUUAAUUACCACCUGGCGCUACUUUUGUAGAGUAUCUGCAAGAAAAAAAAAAAAGAAAAAGAAAAAGAAAAAAAACCGUUUGUUUAUAUCCUGUAAACCAAGGUGCUGAGAAGCAGCUUUAAGUUUUGAAGAAAUUCUACUCGGAGAUAGGCUUUUUAAGACCUUAGAAAAAUUUUGCCUUAAUUCCUGUGCGGCGUUUUCACAGUCCCUCUCGGUCAAUUCACUUCGGUGACGCACGCAUCCUUCGCUUGGACCACCUAACCUGAAACGCUUUGGCCGCGUGGAAUAAUGAGGCCGCUAGGGACUAGGCAAAGUAAUAUUUUGAAUGAAUCGAUAAAACAAUGGAAUUUGUCUUUUGUUAUAUGAUGUGAAUAAUAAUGCUGAUCUCGGAGGCUGUUAUCCACCACAGCCGAUUAAACACCCUCCUCGAUCUGCAUAAUUCUUCACAUCAUACUCAGCCUCAUUUUAUAAUUUUUUCAUUAAAUACUAAAACGGAGAUAGUACUCGCGUUCUGAUUUGUUAAAAAUCUACUGGUAUGUAUUUUUUAUAACGGUUAACACAUGGAAAAUGGCAUUCAAUCCGCAUAAACUGGCUCUUGAGUUUCCGUGGGUAGUAAGGCUGCGUGCAAACGGAUGCAACAACUCCCAACAUUGUUGCGCCAACAAUGUUGGGAGUUGUUGCGUGCGUGUUGGCAGUGGUGUGCAAAGGGAUGCAAAAACUCCCAGCAUUGUUGGGACCUGCAUGUACAUCUUGGGAAGGAGACAACCCAGAAGUCUUUGUAAACCAUGCGUAAUGAGCGUGCGUGGCCCCAACAAUGUUGGAAGAGCUGUGCAAACGGAUCCAACAUUGUUGCGCUUCGCUUCGGCGAUCACGGAGCAAAAGAAAUGUUGGGAGUUGUUGGCUGAAAAGUUUGACCGGUUCCAAACUUUGCGCAACAACAUCCAACAACAUGCAACAGGAUGUGCAAACGGACGCAACUUGUAACAUUCAACAUUGUUGGGAGUUGUUGACCAACAAUGUUGCGUUCGUUUUCGCGGGGCUUAAAGAACUAUUUUUGAAAAGCUCAAAAAUGGAAUAAUUAAUUAAUUGAUUAAUUUACUUACUCAACCCCUGUCUCUUAGUUUAAAAGCGUUAGUUUCCUCAUUAGACCGCAAGCGGUCGUCCCGUUUUGGGGUACCACUGGAAAUACACAGAUAUCAAGGGACUAACUUCGAGUCUAAAGUUAUGCCAGAAGUGUGUAAGCUCUUGGACAUUGAGAAAACGAGAACGACUCCGCUACAUCCACAGUCGGACGGCCAGGUAGAACGUUACAAUCGAACAUUGAUAGAAAUGCUUCGAGGCAAGUUGAAAGAGAGUCAAGGCGAUUGGGACAAGCAACUUCCCACGUUCAUGAUGGCGUACAGUCUUUCCUCAGAGCCACUCUACGCGAGCGAAAAUGUAAAAUGAUGCGAUGUGAUUCAAAAGAAAAAAAAAAGAGACUGCUCGAAGUCUAUUUCCUCAUCAUCUAGUAUUCGCUGUUGGGUAACAUUUGACCACUCUAGAAAAUACCAUAACAUACCAUAAUACUCUUUGUUGGUCACUCCAAAAUUUUGCAUAAGCAUUGUUUGUGGUUUCUCUUGGGGCUAUUUUCUCCCAAGAGAAACUAAAAACAAUAUGCUCACGCAAAAUUUUGGAGUGACUAAUAAAGAGUAUUAUGGUAUGUUAUGGUAUUGUCUGGAGUGAUCAAUUGUUAAAAAGUUAAUUACAAAGCUUGAAAGUAGUCUUCACAGCGGUUACUUUUAGCACGCGCCCUCCAAAGGCUUUUUUCUUUCCGUUGCCGGACCAGAGGUUUUCGGGGAGUGGGCCAUCAAUGAACUGUUUCCAUAGUUUUUACACGAGCUGUGAAAGAGAUGGUUCUCUGAUCUCAGGUUAGGCGGACCUACAAUGUAAGAAGAAUGAUUUCGAAUGACGAAUGCCUAGGUGAUUCUAAUAUCAUUGAGAUCGAGAAAGACAAUAUUACAGUGCGACUAGUGUAACCGCGGCCACUUAGUUAAUUAAGAAUCUAGUGUUGCGUUCUAUUCAAUUAACGUAUUGCACAUCCACUUUUGUUGGGAAAUGUAUAAAAGGAAGUAAUGACGAUAUAGCAGAUUUUUGGAGCACUGGUCUUUAUUCAACAAAAGGCGAGGUCAGAUUUAAGCUUAUGCAACUUUAUAUUCUAUACUCUUUAUUUCAAGGUUUACUUUGAGUGCCGAUAAUAUCUGGUUCUGACUUAAUAGCUGCAACUUCAUUUAAAAUGUGCAUAGAGAAAUACAAAGACUUGGUCAAGGUAACUCGAUUAUGACCGAUUGAUCCGCUAUAGAACGUCUGCGUGGGAGUCUACGCUAUGUGUGCUUUUGGGAGAAUUUUGUAAUUGUGCGCUGGGUUGGAAUUUAGUUAAGAGAAAUUUCAGGACAGUCCACAUUUCAGUGACAUUUUUACAUCACUGUAUUCUUUAAAUACCCCUUAAAAUACGUACAGUUUAAUAGACAAGGUAGGUUAGAACUAUUUUGAAUCAUACAAAGAAUUCUCGAGGAUUUUGUCAGUUUUAAACUACUUUUUGAAAUUGAUAUUAAAAUUAUUCUCGAGAAUUCUUGGGAUGAUACCCAAGAAGGUGAAAACAAUUCAUACAGACCGGGUUUCGCUCUUGAAAAUUCUCGGGAAACAAUAUCCGAGAAUUUUUAUGUCUGCUUUGUCAAGAUUCACAAGAAAUCCUGAGAAUUCCUUAGAUUAAUCCUGUUCCCUAGAAUUCUUGGAAAUCAUUUCGCACGAGAGCAGUUUUAAGUCUUGCUCUCUGGUAAUUAUGUUUCUCUAAAAAUUUAAUAAAAGAACGGAUUUUGUCCGUGAUAUUUAUACAAUAACCGGUAGCCUUACAGGUGUUUCUAACAAGUGUUGGAUACUGGCACAUGAAGAACUACCAUCCAAACUGAUUGUUGAGCUGUUACAACGCUUCAGUAGUUGAAAGACCUUGAAGGAUUUAUCAGCACCCAAAUGAAAAAAGGAGUUUUCUAGACAACUUUACCUCCAGUAAGGGUGCAGUCCCUGAUACAGUGUCGUGUUCCCGACCCUCAUCCCCCUUCCCCCCCUCCUACUCCUCUCCUUGAUAAUUCCACCACCAUAAACCUCUCACGAGCUGGUAUACGUAGUGCAUACCUAGAGUUUGAAGGGGGAAUUUUAUGGUAUUAAAUUGAUUUGACAGUAAGGUAGUACAGACACUGUUUUAAGCCAAUUGCAUACAAUUGUCGCAAUUUGUUACUGACGAUAUCACAUGAUUACCUUGUUAUAGGAACUGUUAACGUUUCGUGAAAUUAACGCGAGAUUCAAAUAUUCUUGUUAAUUAAGUCGCUUUCAGUUUUGUUAGCGUUUAUUGAUUUCCACACAAGUAAUUAAGGGAGGCUUUAAUUUCCACCACAAAAAUAUCCAUAUUACCGAUAACCUCAAGACAUUCAUUCUUGACAGCGGAAAAGAGCAGUUUUCUUCUAUGCGCGUAAAUUUAAGUGGCAUUAGUCUCAAACACCAUUAUUAACCCACAAGGACGUUAAUAUCCUAGAAUACGUUAUAACCUAUUUAGGAAAAAAAAACAGCGAUAUGAUUUUCUGUGGAGUUUGUCUUUGCUCUGAAAAGAUCUAGAACUUCGGGCGGGUAACAUUUGUCUUUUAUGGGGCAUGACAUGACAUUACAUGGCUCUAUAAUAUGCCAGCGAAAAUCUCAAAUCAGCCUUUUUUGUAAUUUUAACCCCUCCCCCCCCCAAAAAAAUUGUCAAUUUACUGAUUUGCCAAAGAAACGGACUUGUCAUAUUGUUUUUACUUUAGACUGGUUGAUAAUGAAAUUGCAAAAAAAUUAGGGGAAAAUUAAUAACCAAUUCCUCACCCCUUGUUUACUUUGUUCUAGCUCAUGUGUAUUUAACGAGUUCAGUCACCUGCUAAAUGAGAAACGUAAAACGCUAUGAAGAUCAAACGUGCUCACUCGCUAAGGUAUCUCCUUUGGGGUUUUCUUUGUGUAUUCACUAUUAGCCUUUAUCUUCACUUGGAUGAAGCGAAGUGGCUUGAAAAACAACAGAUCAAGAUAAAAAUGUCCAGUCUAACUGAUAAUCACACAAACCGGACCGCGAUAGAGAAGAACGUGCCAACGCUACAAAAUAAAUCAAAGGUGGUGGUUUUGGUCUACACCAGGUUUGGUAAAAAAGAAAAGUGGAUAAAGGAUUCAGGUUCUUGUUAUAACAUGAACCACACAGAGUCUAAAAACUGCCUCUUCUUGCACAAAUUUGACAUCACCUAUGACAAACAGCGUUUUGCGGAGAGCGACCUUGUUGUGUUUCAUGCGAGAGACAUGCCGACUUUACGUCACCUCAAAGCGUUGUUGAAAGAACGACCCAUGCCACAACGUUGGGUGUUUUCGUUAUGGGAAAGUCCUAAUCAUUUCUCCUAUACAAAGCCAUUUCACGGUUUAUUCAACCUAACAUGGACUUACAGAAGAGAUUCAGAUAUUUGGGGACCAUAUGGUAGCUACAUUCAACUCAGCAGCGAAGAUCCGAUAGCUGGACGCCAGAAGAGACCACCGUCAGAUUUUACGCGAGGAAAGUCAAACAUUGUGGCCUGGAUAGUUUCUAACUGCAAAGCUAAGUUAAGGCUUAAGUUUGUCCGCGAGCUAAAAAAGUUCAUCAAGGUUGAUGUGUUCGGUAAAUGCUCCGGGAGAGUCUUCGGUGAGUCGCGAGCAUGUCCAAAAACAAAACAAAGCAAAUUCGAUUGCCUGAAGAAGUAUAAAUUCUACCUUUCCUUUGAGAAUUCCUUAUGCGAGGAUUACAUCACCGAAAAGUACUGGGAUAAUCUUGGUGAGACGAAUGUGAUCCCUGUUGUAAUGGGAGGUGCUGACUAUACCAAGCUAGCCAUACCUGGUUCAUAUAUCAAUGUUUUGGACUUCAAAUCUGUGGAGCAACUCGCGGGAUACCUCCAUUAUUUGAACAGAAACGAUACAGCUUAUAACGAAUACUUCAAAUGGAGGCAAAAAUACCAAGUAUUAACCGCGGGCAUUGGAAUGACAUUAUGCAACAUCUGUCAAUGGUUUGCUUCGAAAUUUUCUCGUGAAACGAAAGUUUAUCAUGACCUCACCGAAUACUGGGUACAAAAGGGAAGAUGUGGAACAAAAAAUCAUCUUGUUUUGAGUAUGAUUAACAAAUAAAGUAAAAAUCCUGUAGCGAUUUCAUCUAGUCUGGGGAAUACAUUCUUCUUAUUGGACAGUUUCAAGUGUGUAAAAUCGUAGGAUGCAGGUUAUAUUUAGUAAAAGAGACGAGUAAAAAUAUCCCACGACACUCCUCAGUAGACAAUCCAUUUAGGGACCUUUUAUUCAACUCGAGGGUAUAAAAUAGAACUAACUAAAAGUGCGUACUUUUACAUGUAACGAGAAUGCGUGAAAGGCUAACGCGACUCCUUUUGCUGUAAUUCCAAUUUUUUGCUCGCUUAUGCAACGCUGUUGAUGAUUGGUUAUAAAUUUAUAUUUGCAAUUAUUCCUGAGAAUUUUGGGGAUGAUCUGCAAGAAGGUGAGUGAAAUUCUUGUAGAGACUUUCUUAAAAAUUCUCAGUAGUUACAGCGAGGAAUUUCCUAUAGUCCCAAGCUUUGUCAAGAAUUCUGAAAGAUUUACCCUGUUCCCAAGGACUCAAGUACUCCUGGGAAUCAUUUCGCACGAGAGUAGUUUUAGUACCUAGUAUCUUUCUUUAUAAAGUUAAUUAGAGAACGGUUUUCUUAUUUCAUAUUUAUGUAAUGACCGGUAGUCUUACAGGUGUUUCUAUCAGGUUUUGGAUACUGGUAAGUGUAGAACUACUGUGGACGUUGAGUUGUGAUGACCGGUGCUUGGACUCAGUGAUGACUGAAACGGAUGCAUCAGCACCCAUUCGGAAAAAUAUAAUUCACCACUUUAUUUUUGUUUUCUUUCUUUCUUUUUUUCUAUCACUCCUCCUGCCCUAAGGAUCAGUUCACUGUUUUAAUUUUCAAAUUUGGUACUCAAGAUUUUACUGAUAAAGGUCUUCUAAAUAUCCGGCUGAUCCUCACUGGUUUGUCCUUGUGGUUUUGCCUUCAAAAUUGUUUCUGAGACAGUCAAGUUAGCCUUUCUCGUAGCUUGCGAUUAAAACAGCCGUCACUACCCGCUCCUUGAGCUCGCUCCUCCUAGGAACUUUUCUAGAGGUGAGGGCCCAGGAGAGAAAGCUGUUUUCGCAGGCUUUCUUUCUCGCGGUGCCCAUUGUCAGCUGCACUGAGUUAUACAUUCGCAUCCUGUUAUUCAUUUAAGAACCUGUUUUUUGGGCUGAAAUUUGAUAGUUAGGCCUCCUCUGUACAAGAAACUGCUCUUUAGCCUAAAAUUUGAAACAGGCUCAUCUUUUCUAAAUUCUAUUUAAAAAGUUCUGUAAACUUAAGAAGAUAAUGUUGACUUAAGAUAAGUCAGCAUUCAGGAUCCUCUUUGUAGACAUGCGUGCCGUAUUCACUCCAACUCCAGCUGUAAUUGUAUGAAGAUUUUACUUUCAGAAAUGAACUGAAUACCCCCAAAUACUCUUUAAAAAUAGCUAGAAAGUAUUUUUUUCCUUCUUCAGAAAGUAACAACCUUUUUAAGAACCUAAAUUUGUGCUCAUUAUCAUUUAUGUAAGAACCUGCUUAGGCAAAUGGGAAAAUGCAGAUUGUUAGUCGCCGGUUUUUACUGUACUUCAAGAAUAGCAAUAAUAAAACGAAUCUCAUUUUGAACUGCGACUUGAGACCUGGCAAUUGUCUUUUGAAUGCCUGCGGAUAUCUUAACUUUGUCGUUAAAGUAAUUUCAGCCAAUGCAAAGAAAAAUUGUCAUAUUCUAGUUUGCCAAAGAAAACAACUUGUCAUAUCUGAUAUUUCUAUAGGGUUUGGUUGAUCAGAAAGGCUUGUCAGGAAAAUAUUUAAUUAAGGAAAGUAAUUAAACAGACGUUCAUUUCUUCUUCAGUUUAUUAUUAAUCGAACAUGUAUUUAACACGCUCAGUUAACUGUAAAGCCUUGGGAAUCGUUAGUCCGCAAACUUAGCCAAAAAUUGUGGAGUGAAUAUUUGCUCGUAUACCUGCUUGCUGAUAGCUUUGUCCGAUGUUAAAAAUGCAGUCAACGCAAGACGAUUCAAGCAAUGUUACUUUAAUCUUGAAACACGGCAAGGAGAUCAGAGCAAGCCGUAACCGGCUGUUAGGAGCGAGUGAUUUCUUUUUUACAAUCCUAAACUGCGACAUGCAAGAGAAGCACCAGGGGAUCAUUCGGUUAGAGCACAUAUCAGAGAAUGCCAUGAGAAAUGUCUUAGAAUUUGGGCGCUCUGGUAGUGUUGAUAUAGAGAGUGCAAAGAAUGCUAAAGACCUCAUCAAGGCAGCGGAUUAUUUGCUCCUUCCAAGAUUAAAAGCCAUUGCUGGGAGUUUCUUUAUAACGAAAGUACUGCUAUCGAACUGCAUUUCAACGUAUUAUUUCGCAGAGAAAUACAAAUGCGAUGACCUGAUGGUUGCCUGUAAAAAAUUCAUCUUCACAAACUUCCCUUCUGUGGCUCAGGGUCAAGAAUUUCUUAGUUUGGAAAGUCACCAAGUGGAGGAGUGGAUUUGCAGUGAUGAGAUUUCUGUUUGUAGAGAAGACGAUGUUUUUAGGAUCAUACUGGAAUGGAUUAAACAUAACAAGACUAACCGCCAAAGGAAGUUUGCAAAGUUGUUUCACCACCUGCGUUUGGCUUUUGUUUCGCGUGACUUUUUGAGCAAGGGUGUGGCAGCCAACGAUCUUGUGAAAGAAAAUUCAAACUGUUUGAAGCUUGUGACAGAUUCGUUGAAAGGGAUUUAUCAUGCAAAUGACGUCCAUUUACAGAGAGCCAGAAAAUGGAAAGAAACGCAUCUGGUCGUUUUUACCGGCAUACAUACUUUGUGUUACCAACCUAAUGAUGACGAGUGGUACAAAUUAUCAGACGCACCAGUAAAAUACUAUCUCUGGGGACACCCAGAAGCAUUUAAUCGUGACCCGUAUCAAAUGUGCGUAUUUCAAGGAAACCUGUACGUUUUUCCAAGUGCGAUAUGCAGUGCACCAAGCGCAAUGUACGAUCCAUCGUUAAACCGCUGGACUGUGUUGAGUCAACAUGGGACAGCACUAGCCGCUCGGAAGAAAGGUUCCGUCACCCAAAUGAUUGACUCGAGGACAAUCAUGACGGACGUGAAGGUGAUUGGCUCAAAGAUUUACGCUUUAGUUGAGUCUGCAAGUGAAUCAUUCCGAGAUCAACUCCGCCGACCUUUUAGAACAUUCCCCCAUUCGCGAUUUUGUUCCAUCUUGAAGUACGACAUUGGUAAAAGCACAUGGAAUGUUGUCGUACCUAAAGUUGAACAAAUAAAAGGUGGACCUUGCGCUGUAGCCAUGAACAAUUACUUUUACGUCAUCGGUGGUUAUCACGGUGACAAGACAUUUGCUUGUUAUGCUGGAAGACUGGACACUAACGACAACGUGUGGGAGCGGGUAGCGGAUAUGAAAACUCCAAGGUCGUAUGCUUCUGGUAUGGCUGCGCACGGGAAAAUUUUUGUUGCCGGUGGCUUCGUAAAUAACAAAACUACUGAAAUGUACAACCCGUUAACAAACGAAUGGAAAUUGAUAGCGAGUCUAAAUACACCUCGCAGAGGGGGCAGUAUGCUGUGUUUAGAUGAGAUGCUGUACGUGGUGGGUGGAGAACGAAUCAGUGAAUAUUCUUCACUUCAUUCGACAGCAGCAGUAACGGUUGAAUGCUAUGACUUUAAUAGCAAUAAAUGGAAGCAGAAGAUGAAACUGCCGAAGUUUCGCGAGGUUUUUGAGAGAAGGAACAUUGUCAUCAAGGCUUGUUCGGUCGCUUUUUCCAAAGAGGUAUUCAAUAAAGGCAACUCCAGCCGGCGCCAACUUGUGUUUUUUAAAAUCAUCAGUUACUCACUUGUGGUGUUUUUCUUUAGUCUAAUAUUUCUCUUGUACUUAUGGAUAACAGUUUGAUUAGCGAGACAUGUAAAUAUACUCUUUAGAUGCCUUUUACACGAAAAUAUAAGCCUGAACGCAAAAUGGUAAAUUUACGCAACUGACCUUAUUCGUGUGUUAGAAGCUAGAGUUCAUUAAUAUAAAAUUUAAGCUAUUUAACAAAUAGAUAAGAAUUUUCAAUCGUCCAUACUGUUGUUAGUCUGCUACACAGCAGAUUUUAGUGUCGUCACGCAACGCUCCUCCUAGUCUGCUACACAGCCGUUUUUAGUGUCGUCACGCAACGCUCUCCCUCUCCCUCUGUGGGGAGGAGCGUUGCGUGACGACACUAAAAACGGCUGUGUAGCAGACUAUACUGUUGUUGACUAUGGAAAUAACGUUAAAAAGUUCAAAACUCAAGUGGAGCCACUCGCCUGCUGCUGACCGUGGUUUCAUUGCAAAACUUUUAGCAUAUUGCUUAACUUAUAAAGCAGUACACUCUUCUUUAUAUAAGAAUGUUGUUUUUUCCGGCCUCCGGCUGAAUAUUUUUAUUUUUCUGCCGAUUUUAGGUUGAAAAUAUUCUUGUAUUACUCUUAAUCAUAAAUUAUAUAUAGUUUGUGGUAUUUCUACUUAAGAAUGUUUUGGGAUUUCAACUACCUGUGGUCUUGUCGUUCAGUGAAAGGUAUAAUUUUCUACGGCUAAGUUAAAAGCAUAAAUUGUAUUGUAUUUACAUAUUUUCAAACACAAAAUUGAGGUCUUUUCAAUGGUAAUGUGAUGUCUGUCUCUAUGUUUCUUUUCCUUCUUUUUCUGUUGAGAUUUUUAUUUCUUUUUUACAUGGAGACGCCAUAUUGGUGUACCGUUUUGGUGCACCAAUAUGGCCGCCGAAAAUCAACAAAAACACCUGGAAUUCACUUUUUCUACAAAAGCUCUUUCUUUUCACUCGAGAACUAGCAUACGUGCGCAUAAAAAUAUCUUCUAAUACUUGAAAUGGUUAUACUUCUGAAAAUCAAGAGGAGAGACUUCCACGAAACAGCAUUCCUAUUUUGGUGUCGAGCACUGUGAAAACUCGGAAGUUCAAAUUGCUGUAUUUUCGAAAUGAGACAUGCUACGAGAAUGGAAACUUUUGCAAAGAUUCACUUUUUUUUAUCUUCAACCUGGUGUAAAUAAGAAUUCGUAAAACCUCGCUAUUUUGACUUAACAAUUUGAUGACGUCAUUGUGAAAACCAUCUAUAGAAAAAUGGAAGUUUAAAAGCUGAGAAGUGCGUAUAGAAGAACAUCAAGUGUGUUGCGGCCAUCAAGCUUCCAUUGCUGCUUGCCUAGUCCCUGUAGGGCACUUUCCCAGGCCUUCUCGGUCAGUUCACUUCGGUGACGUAUCCGAGACGAACGGGCGAAAAACGCCUCAAAUCUUCGCUUGGACCACGUGACCUGAAACGCUUUGGCCGCGGUAUAAUAAGGCCUAGGGACUAGGUAACAUUGCUACAUUUUCUGCUUAGUGUGAACCAAAAUUCUCCCUGCCGCAGUUGCUAAGAGGCGUCCAGCCUAAACUAAAAUAAACAGAAAAAAUGGCUGCCCUCGGAUGUUAUUAUUACUUUUUCUCCUCAAAAUUUACUUAUAAGUUCAUGAAUGCAGAAGUCUCUUAAUGCACUAUAUACUCUUCCAUUGUUAAUUUCCUCUUUGAUGUACAAUAUGGUUUAGUCUUUUAAGACUUUUAAUUUAUACAACUUUUGACGUUCGAUCCGCUCUAAAGAUUCUUGUGUAUAUGAGAUGUUGCUAAGGUAAUUCAAUCAAUUGUAUUGAUAGCCCGGUAUAUAUUGCGGCUGUAAAAAGUAUCGUAAGAUGCGGUUCAUCUCUUUAGCCUUUCCCUUAUCCCUUAAAUGUGAUGCAACUCGGUAUUAUAUUUCCUUUACUGAUUUAUACUCUCUGUAACUUAGGUCAUUACUUGGAGCAUAGGUAAGAAUUAGCAUGCUGCGUAACACCAAGUUGCAACCAUAACUACAUCGGUUUACCAGACUGAAACUGAAUUAAAAUAUCAAAAGACAAAGAAAAAGAAAAAACGUACACACACAAACUUUUAUUGCGAAACUUCAUAAGAUUUUGGUUACUCUGACGACUCGGUCACCUCACAACACCCUUUUCGGAAGAUUAAUGGUCGAUCAUGUCGUCGGUCACGUACGACUGAUUUCGCCGGCAACUUGGUCACGACUGGAUGGUUGUAUUCAUUUGACUUCUAUAUUGGACUAAAAUGCGCAAGCUAAGAUGUCUAAGACGAAAGAUCGUCGCUCGUUGAGUUCUCUCUGUUGCCUUGCUUUUGGUUUUCUUUGUGUAUUAACGAUAAGCUUUUAUCUUCGCAUUGAUGAUGAAGGACGUUCACUUAAGCCACACUGGAUGAUAAAAUUGCUCAGUUCGGUUAAUAUUCUCACAAACCGGACGAUACCGAAGAACUUGCUGCCACUACCAAGAAACAAAUCUAAGGCGGUGGUUUUGGUCUACACCAAGUUUUCUAACGUUCAAAAGUGGAUAAAUGAGCGAGGUUCUUGUUAUGACAUGAACCACCCAAAACCCAAGGAAUGCCCCUUACUAGACAAGUUUGAACUCACUUACGACAAGGAGCGGUUUACGGAGAGCGACUUUGUUGUGUUUGAAGCAAGAGAAAUGCCGGCUUUAGAACAUGUGAAAAUGUUGUUAAGUGAAAGGCCCAAGUCACAGCGUUGGGUUUUUGCGUUAUGGGAAAGUCCUAAUCAUUUUUCAAACACAAAGCCACUUCACGGCCUAUUUAACCUAACAUGGACUUAUAGAAGUGAUUCGGAUAUUUGGUCACCAUAUGGAAGCUACAUACGACUCAGCACUGAGGUUCCGAUGAGCGGAAACAAAAAGGGAACAACAUCAGAUUUUACGCGAGGAAAAUCAAAGCUUGUGGCCUGGAUGGUUUCUAACUGCGGAGCUAAGUUAAGGCGCAAAUUUGUUCGCGAGCUAAAAAAGUUCAUCAAAGUUGAUGUUUUCGGAAAAUGCUCCGGGAAAUUCUUCGGUGAGUCGCGACCAUGUCCAAAAACAAAACAGGGCAAUAUUGAAUGCCUAAAAAAGUAUAAGUUCUACCUUUCCUUUGAGAAUGCCUUAUGCGAGGAUUACAUCACCGAAAAGUAUUGGGCGAAUCUUGGUGACGCGGAUGUGAUUCCUGUUGUAAUGGGAGGUGCUGACUAUACCAAGCUAGCCAUACCUGGUUCAUAUAUCAAUGUCAUGGACUUUAAAAUGGUGAAGCAACUCGCAGAAUAUCUUCAGUAUCUAGAUAAAAACGAUACGGCCUACAACGAAUAUUUUAAAUGGAGAAAAAAAUACAAAGUGAUUUCCGGUAUUGGAAGAUCAUUGUGUAACAUCUGCCAGUGGUUUGUUUCGAAUGUUUCGCAUGGCACGAAAGUAUAUAAUGAUCUUACCGAAUAUUGGGUGAAAAGGGGGAAAUGUGCUACAAAAAAUCAUCUUGUUUUGAGUAUGAUAAACAAGUAAAGAGGGAAUUUUUAGCGUUUUAUAUAUCGGGUUAUAAAUAUAGAUAGCUGGAUAUUGUAAAAGGUUUCUGCCGAGUGAUAGCAGCCAAAAAUAUGAUAAAACUAAGAGCUCAGUAACCAAAACCUUUUUCUCGCCCCUUACUUUCGCUUUCCUCACUCCAUUUUUCCUCUUCUUUUCCUAUCGUAGUGUGAUUUUCUGCUUAUGGGAAGCAUCUUGUCUUUUUUGGCCUCUUUCAAUCAUUUUUCUUUUUCUCAUUUUUUCUUAGGGGAGGGGGGAAUGGGGGCAGGGGGGUGGUGGGGGCUACAGCUGUACUCUUAAUUUUGAGAGGCAUGAAUAAAUUAUAUGAAAAUGUUAUUGUCAUAUCCGAGGAAAAUAAGACAUUUCGGUCACUUAACGCGACCGAAGUUUGAACUUUUAACGACGUUGGAACAUUUUAACGACGAUGACCGACCAGACAAGCGAGGAAAGUGACAAAAUGAAUGGUACAAACUCGUUACUUAUAGCUGGGAAGGGCUCAAGCCAAAGCUUCUUUUAACACUAUUCUUAGGUAAAACUGCAGUGGUUUAGUUAUUUGUGAAUUUUCGGAUGAUUUUUCGGAUGUUUUUAAUGUAUAAAAUUUAGAAAGGGAUAUGUUUACAAUUUUGGGAAAAUGCAAAAAAUAUUGGAUUUGGGGGUUAGAUAUGAAGUGAAUAAUUAGUUGACAAUUACCAGAUAGUCCACCACCACAACAAGGUGCCUCUGAUCCCAUCAGCGGACUAACUGGUUUAUAUGUAUGCCUUUUCUAACCUAAUUUAUUUCCUUCCCAAAUCAACAUCAUUUCCCCCAAAAAAACAAUCGUAAUGCCCCCUUAAUGCUGACAAGAGGGGGCCUUGAUCGGGGACAAAACGUCACAAAAUCGUCACAGAAAGUGGCAAUGGGAUAAACCCGAGUCCUGGCUGAAUACACAGGACACAGCUGCCAAAACAAGACUUAAAAUAUGGUUCAAUACAUAAAUGCCCAUAUGCGUAAGGAAAUUCACCCAGUCUAACAAAUGCGGCCAGGGGGGGACGGGGUAUACAGUGCUGUUUAAUGAACAACGUCGAUAUAUGAAAAUUCAUAAUUAGCUCCAUGCCUUAGGGGAAUGAAAGAAGAGAAAUCCGCUUGAGGUCCAGCAAAGAAUACCGUAAUACAUUUUCUUUUGUUUUAAUCCCCCAAGCCUCGUCACCAAGUAUGAAUUUUAAUAUAACGAAAUUAGUCGGUAUCAAUCAGAUGUCGUUCAGAAUGACCAAUUCCGAUAUAUUAGAAUUCAUACUUGGCUGUGAGGCUUGGGGGAAUAAAACAAAAGAAAUGAUCUUGAGGCUCAGUAAUAAGUAAUACAUUUCUUUUGUUUUAUUUCCAAGCAUUGUGGCUGAGCCUGGUUUAGUGGAUAAUACGGGACCGGGGUGCGGGGUGCGGGGUGCGGGGUGCGGGGUGCGGGGUGCGGGGUGCGGGGUGCGGGGUGCCGGGGCGAGGGAGCGACGGGGUCUGUGGAAAACACGGGGUCCCGGGGUCUGUUGGGUUUUGCCGCGAAAAAUAAGUAAGCAACAACACUAAUCGGUUUCCUUUAUAAAGACUAUAUACAAACUGCGGACCGAGCAAAAAAUACAGCCUGCAGACUGACGUUAGGCAAGGAUAAAACGCAUGCAAGGUGUAGAAUGAAGACUAGAAGGUAAAAUGCACACCUGGCAAACGUAAACUGUACUCGCGAAGGGGUUAAGACCAAAACCCUGAAAUUAAUAACACUUUCUGGUAAUCUGCUUUUAGUCAUCUUUUCACUCUAAUGACUUCUCUGGAGCGUUUUUAUUUCAAUGUUUACGAUAUGGAAGAAUAACGGUCAUCUUGACGUUUUGGAGAGACAUCCUAAGCUGGCGCCUCUCAUCUCUCAGGGCCGCCUUGUAAACUAACUUCGCGCGCUCGAAGAGAAGAAGCGACAAGUCGAUCUUUGUUGCAUCAAAGACAAUUUCUCUGGACUUUUCAAUCCGUCAGUAACAAUAAGGCAGUCCGGAACUGCUAGAUCGUGAACGUAAAUAGAGUAAAGUUUAUGGAAAACGAAUCUGUAACAUAUAAGUAGCCUAAUUUUACUCAAAACACACAGUGUUUGCUUGGUCCGAUACAAUGGUAAGCCUUCCGCCUCGCGAGCUGAAUGUCCGAAUUCGAAACCUCGUCAGCAUAACGUUUCUUUUUUCGUUUGUUUUUCUCAAGUUUUCUUUUUAAUUUCUUUUCAUAAAUAUCAGUUUCUCCGAAUUCGGCCGGUAAUCACAGAUUUACUUUUCAUUCGGAUAUUGACGGUCUUGUUCAUGUAUUGUUUGUUACUCAGGUCACCAAGACGUUUCCAACUUGCGUCUUUGAGUCUAACUAGCCGGCCAUUUUGACUAGAAGCUGCUUCUUACCACUGUAAACCGUUUCCGAAAAUGACGUAGCUUCAUUUCAUCAUAUUUUACUCCAAAGCCGUGCUCGUGAGAUUGUUUGCGCAAGGGCGAUCCAAAACCCGGAGACGGAAACGGAGGCGGAAGUGAAAAAUGAAAUGAUGAAAGAGGUCGUUAAACUGUUGCCUUUCAUAAAGAAAGAAUAAACAAAAAAAGUAAAUAAAAGCAUCGGAAAAUGUCUCCAGCAGAGGACAAUGAUUCAUUCAUCCGGGACAUAUAAAAGACAAUAACAGGGGAGCUGUGAUUGAUCACCUCUUCUUUUAUCUUGUCACACCGCCCUUCCCUGCCAAAAAGGCAAUCGUGCGCUAUCGCUUUCAGGUACAGUUAGGUACUAUAGCGGUGCUGUUCUAUGGAACAGUCUGCCCUCUUCUAUUAGGAAAGCAAAUUCUCUGGCUAACUUUCGACAGAUGUUUUAAAGCGUUUCAGUUAACUGACACGGCUUUCAUGGAAAACAGGCAUUAAUUUUUCUUUCCUCUUUUAGAUUUUACAUUAUAGAUAUAUGUUUAUUUCUUCUACUAAGUUAUAUUUGUAUUUACAUAAUUGUACACCGUUUUAUAAAAUCACUCUAAUAUGUAAUUAUAUUUUAAGUCAUAGAUAGUCAAUACCAUAGUUAUCCAAUGUUAGUAGUAUUAUUUCUUACCUGAUGUAUUUACCGUGUACAAAUAAUAAAGAUGAUGAUGAUGAUGAUGAUGAUGAUGACGGACUUGGCAUAUCAUUGUCGUGUCAAAAGAUUCCGAAAAUCGGUUGUCUUUUGUACGCUGGUGGCUCCAAUAUAUAUAAUCAAUUGUUAAUUACAAGGAGCCUGGCCUGGCACUUACUCACUUUAGGAAAACUCAUUAGAUGACAAUGGUGACUUCUUUGGCCAUGCGCAGUAGUCACAAAAACGACAGACCCCGUGUCUUCCACAGACUCCGGGACCCCGCGUUUUUCCAUAGACCCCGGGACCCCGCACCCAGGUCCCGUAUUAUCCACUAAACCGCUAAAUAGCGCUGCGCGCAGUUACAAAAUACACAGCCCGAAACUCAGGCAAACAAACUGACUUAACAUAAGCAAAUUCCUCACUUUUGUCUGACCUUUGUCAUUUAAAAAAUGUCAUGUUUGUCUGUCUUUUGUCAUUAAAAUGAGAAAAAUGACAAAACUAAGACAAAAACUUGCAAAUUUGUUACUCUGACUUCAUUCUCGCGCUACGCUAUUUUGCAUUGAUUCUGUUUCCGAUUUUCCUGGGUAUUACAAGAGAAAUCGAGGCAACGCUUAUACAAAAGUUUUGGGGAACAAUGUGCAUUAUGGUCAAUAUUAUUUGAAAAUGGUGAGUUCUGUAAUGUUGUAAAAAAUGGGAGCUCGUCGCUCGGUGAGUUGUUUGGUUUAUGGUCUGCUUGGUGUAGUAGCAAUCAGCCUUUACGUUCGCUUUGGAGAGGAAAACCGCCGGCUUACUCCCGAUAGUGUGACGACGAAACCCGUAAUGGCUAAUAAUGACUUUCAUCUGGAAACAGAAAGGAAGUUUGUAAUCCUACAAAACAAGUCACUUAUGCUGGUUUUGGUGUAUACUAAGUUUUCUAGAGUGGAAAAGUGGAUAAAUGAGCGAGGUCCUUGCUAUAACUUAAACCACAAAAUAUCUAAGGAAUGCCCCUUAAAUAAAUUUAAGCUGACUUACGACAAGAAACGGUUUACCGAGAGCGACUUUGUUGUGUUUGAAGCCAGGGACAUGCCCACUUUGCCCCAACUUAAAGCAUUGUUAAAAGAAAGACCCAUUUCACAGCGUUGGGUGUUUGCGUUAUGGGAAAGUCCAAAAUAUUUCUCUUACACGAAGCCAUUUCACGGCUUAUUUAACCUAACAUGGACUUACAGACGAGAUUCAGAUAUUUGGGGACCAUAUGGUAGCUACAUACAAUUCAGCAGCGAAGAUCCGAUAUACGACAACAAAAAGGGACAACCGCCAGAUUUUACUCGAGGAAAGUCAGAGCUUGUGGCCUGGAUGGUUUCCAAUUGCAAGGCUAAGUUAAGGGUCAGGUUUGUUCGCGAGCUAAAAAAGUUCAUCAAAGUUGAUGUUUUCGGAAAAUGCUCUGGGAGAAUCUUCGGUGAGAAGCGAUCAUGUCCAAAAACAAAACAAAGCAAUUUCAAUUUCCCUUAUUGCCUGAAAAGGUAUAAGUUCUACCUCUCUUUUGAGAAUGCCUUAUGCGAGGAUUACAUCACCGAAAAGUAUUGGGCGAAUCUUGGUGACGCGAAUGUGAUUCCUGUUGUAAUGGGAGGUGCUGACUAUACCAAGCUAGCCAUACCUGGUUCAUAUAUCAACGUCAUGGACUUUAAAACGGUGAAGCAACUCGCAGAAUAUCUUCAGUAUCUAGAUAAAAACAAUACGGCCUACAACGAAUAUUUUAAAUGGAGAAACAAAUACAAAGUGAUUUCCGGUAUUGGAAGAUCAUUGUGUAACAUCUGCCAGUGGUUUGUUUCGAACGUUUCGCAUGGCACGAAAGUAUACAAUGAUCUUACCGAAUAUUGGGUGAAAAGGGGGAAAUGUGCUACAAAAAAUCAUCUUGUUGCGAAAAUGAUUCCUAAUUAG